AUGGUUGUCUUACCAGAGAUCAAACUCAAUGAUGGCAAUUCCAUCCCAGCGGUUUGUAGCCCUCUAAACCUUCUGAGCCUAGACCUUUGGCCUCAAAUAUGGCAAUUGAGAUAUCCAAUCCACAGCCCAUUUGUUGUUAAAUCUGAUAAGGACCUCCAAGGCGUGUGGGCUGAGACGGAAAAUGCGAAAGAAUCAAGCAAAGUGCGAUCUAUCGGCGUCUCAAACUUCCGCCAGCGCGAGCUCGAAGCGGUGUUAAAGACAGCCAGAAUCAUACCCGCCAUCAAUCAGAUUGAGUAUCAUCCAUACCUAGAGCAUGGUGACACGGUGCUUUUGAAAGAAAAAAGGGGUAUCAGAAAUGUUGCGUAUGACCCACCCCGCCGGCAACGACGGCUAAAGGUGGUCCACUUGAUGGCAUCCUGGCUGGUCCAUGACAAGCUCUAUUUUCAACAGGUGUCGAUUUGUUUGCUUUGGGAAUGGCGUCCACGGGUGCAACUCUUCAACAUUGGGUUUGAUUUGGGAGCGUCCGACUGGGCAAUCCAAUGUAAUCCAAUGCUGAUGGUUCUUCGGCGAGUUCCUAAUACGUGA